UCCUUGCCUCUUCCCUUCCUCUUCCGCUGCCUGCCUUCUCAUCUCUCCAUUGCAUCUCCCUCCUCCAAAUCAACGUGAAAAAUCUUCAAUGGACGACGAAGAGAUUCCGACGGAGGUUUCCGACGAGCGGCAGGAGGGCUCCGGGGAGGCGACCGGCGGCAGUGAUGAUAGCGUCAAAAGUGACUAUCAAGCUCUCUUUCUACCCACAAAAUGGACUGAUGAGAAGCAUAAUUUAUAUUUGAACUCCAUGGAAUCAUCUUUCCUUAAUCAGUUAUACAACAAUGAGAAUGCAUCAAGUGAUCUCCUUGAUUUUCUGCCACCAAAACCUAUGAAGAAGUUAGGUUCAACUUCCAACUUCUGCCAGUUCUCUUGCCAGUUUGACUUUCUCGGUACAAGUUCACAUAACUUUGUGAGGAAAAGGACACAAUUUGAGAUGAAGAAUGAACUCAUAAAUCGAGCAAUGCCUUCACUCAAUGCAAACACAAAUCAAAAACAGGCCGACUCUUCGCACAUGCCAAGACAGCAUUAUGCAGGAAAUAUUGCAGAAGUCUCUGAUCAGAACUUCGACAUUGAUUCUGAAGAACCAAGUGAGGAACAAGCGGCCAAGAGGACGAAAUCCCACGCUGUGGAACCCCAUGUCAAAGACAGUUCUACUUAGGAUGUUCGUAGCAUUGGCACCGAUGAGGAUCAUAACAUCCUCGGAAGGAAGAGAACGUGGCUUUCGACGCACAUCAUAAUGGACCAUAGUUUCAGAAGAACACCUAAGAUUGUUUAUCAGCCAUAUAAUUAAGAACUAGAUUGGAGAUUGCGGUAUUAGUUCCAUAUAACUUCAUAUUUCUGCUCACAUCAAUAAUGCAGUAGUCUACAAUAAUCUUACUCUAUAUGAUGUAAUAAUUCGCAAAGCAAUUGG